GCUUCACCUUCUCUAACAUGGCCAAAGCGAUUCUUACUUUCUGCUCAUUGGGGCUCCUGCUCAUUGCGGGCGUGAGGGCACAAGAUGGCGCGUGCCCUCCCACAGGCCAGACGCCCUUCGACUACAGUCAGGCGCUAUGCAUGUCCUUCCUGUUCUAUGAAGCCCAGCGCUCAGGCGACCUGCCGUCGAGUCAACGCGUGACCUGGCGUCAGGACUCGGCUCUCAAUGAUGGACAGGAUGUUGGUGUUGACCUCGCGGGAGGCUAUUACGAUGCUGGAGACCAUGUAAAGUUUGGCUUCCCAAUGGCCUUCACCACCACCACACUUGGCUGGGCUUUACUAUCUUUCAAAGCUGGAUUUGACAAGGCAGGUCAGACAGGCUACGCCAUGGACGCUGUAAAAUGGGCCACCGAUUACUUCUUGAAAGCCCACUCCUCGAACAUGCUUCUCUACGGUCAGGUCGGCCAAGGGGAUAUCGACCACGCUUACUGGGGCCGCCCUGAAGACAUGACCAUGCAGCGACCAGCAUGGAAAAUUGACACUAGCGCUCCAGGCUCAGAUUUGGCUGCAGAUACGGCGGCUGCCUUGGCAACAGCAUCAAUGAUUUUCCGCGACUCAGACUCGGGUUACGCUGACCGAUGUCUUGCGGCAUCCAAGGACUUGUUCGAAUUCGCUGAUCAGUACCGCCAACUAUACCACAUCUCUAUCCCUGACGCAGCUUAUUAUUACCAGUCGUUCAGCGGCUACGGCGACGAGUUGUGCAUGGCAGCUCUGUUCCUAUACCAGGCCACAGGCGACAGCUACUACGCCGACAAGGCCAAAGCUUUCUGGGAUGAAUUCGGCGUGCAGUGGUCGGCUGCGGGCGUUGGCUACGGCUGGGACAAUAAGUUCGGAGGCGCUCAGGUGCUGUUUGCCGAGGUGUUCGGUGGCGACUUCUACAUGGGCCUAGCGAAGGAGUACAUUGACAGCAUGACGUCGCAGACCCACACCCCUGGCGGGCUGCUCUACCUGGGCGAGUGGGGCUCACUACGCAGUGCUUUGGGUGUUGCUUUCAUUGCAAUGAAGGGAGCCCAGCUCGGCAUCGACACGAGCAGCAACCGCGCUUGGGCCUUGUCGCAAAUCGACUACGCCUUGGGCUCCACGGGGCGGUCCUUCAUGGUGGGCUUUGGAGUAUCUCCUCCUGAGCGUCCUCAUCAUCGAUCCAGCUCGUGUCCCGACAUCCCCGAGUAUUGUGACCCCAACGUGGCUAUCAACAACCCUGGGCCCAACCCUCAGACGCUGUACGGAGCGCUUGUCGGCGGCCCUGACCAGAACGACAACUACGUGGACGACCGCAACGACUACGUACAGAACGAAGUGGCGUGCGACUACAACGCUGGCCUCACAGGAGCCCUCGCUGCCGCCAUUGAAUACUUAUAAGCCUCAGGAAUUUCCAUUGUGAACUGUUUCUGGGAAUAUUUCGACAAUAAAAUUCUUAAAGAGAUGAAAUUCUUGAAAUUGUUGCUUGAACAAAGCAGAUUUGAUGAAAUAUAUUGCGAUUUCUACCUCACUUUUCAGCUUGUUGUUAAACGCAGAGCAUUAAUUUCAUUGCCUUCAAAUAUGUAGCUGCAGAUUUCACAGCUGAAUACCGGUACUAUAAAAUGUUUACAAAAGUUUUUUCACAAAAAGUAUUUUCAGAUUUUGUCAGAUAUUAAAAUUAUGAUGUAGUUAUGGUUUCUUUGGAAGAGUUUUUAUGAGCUAUAUCCUAUAUUAUAGAUAAAAAAGGUUUAGAGAUUUAAUUGGACGUUCAUGAAAAUACGGUAUGCUCAAUGACCGUUGCACCGUAAAUAAAAUAAAAAUAUACUAAAUCGA